AGCCGGCAUAGGUUCAGUUGGCAGCAGUACGCACAACGAGAAGCACGACCAUGGCUGAUAUUUCGAACGAAGAACUUCGCAAAGAGAUCACCGCUAUCCUUAAGGAUGCCGACCUUACUACUAUGUCGGCCAAGAAAGUGAGACUACAGAUUGAAGGAAAGCUAGACAUAGAUCUAACCGAAAGGAAAAAGGAAGUAGACAGUUUAGUCAUGGAGUGUUUACAAGAGAAGCAAGAUGGAGCUAAGAAGAAGAAGAAGACUGCUAGCGAAGAGUCUGAAGAUGGUGAAGAGGAGGAAGAAGAAGGUUCAGAGGAAGAGGAAGAAGAGGAGGAGAAGAAACCUGCCAAAAGAAGUCCUGCGAAGAAAGCGAUGAAUAAGCGUAAGAAGGGCUCCUCAGACGACGAAGAAAGCGCUAGCGACGACGAUGCUAGUGACGAAGAGUACAGCCCAAAGAAACCAAAAGUUACUCCCAAGAAAAAUAAACCUGGAAAGAAAGGAAAGAAGAAGGGUAGCGACAGUGACAGCGACGAAGAUUGGGGCAAAAAUAAGAAAGCUCAAGGUGGUGGUGGAGCAAAGAAAGGUGGUGGUGGCAAAGGUAAGGGUGGUUAUACUCGAGCUAUCACAUUAUCCCCGGAACUCGCAGCUGUGGUUGGUGCCGAGCAGAUGGCUCGACACGAAGUCGUAAAGAAAGUCUGGAGUAUUAUCAAAGAAAGGAAUCUCUAUGAUCCUAAGAAUAAGCAGUUCGCAAUUUGCGAUGACGAACUAAUGAAAGUAAUUGGAGUAAAACGUUUCAGAACUUUUGGUAUGAUGAAGUACCUCAAAAAUCACUUUGUAGAUUAAACCAUCCCAGAACCACGAUCUCUGACAGGUUAUAAACAUUGUAUAACAUAUUCCAAGGUGCAAAGUGCAUCUCUCCAUCUUUCUCACACGAUACGUACAUAAAUACAUAUACAUAAAAACACACGAACAUGUUUCUUGCGACUUAAGACUUUAGCCAUGUUUACACCAUUCCGAUGUAUUCUGUUGUCCAUGGUAGCUGCUUUGUCCCACUACACGUUUGCAAUGUAGAACAUUAAUUUAUGGGCAUUAUUAAAAGCACACGGCUCGUUGAGAUUGUCAAUGGUAGCCCCAGAAUAAUGCGUCAGCAAAUGAUGACCCACAAGUAGGAAUCCGCGUAGAUUCGGUCAACGUCGAUACGAAAAGGUAGAGCCGAUACCAUGGACGUUUAUAUGAUUUCGAAAUGUGAAAAACAUUAAAGUGGCCGAUAGUCAGUAAGCUGGUUUUAAGUCAACGUAUUCAGAAUUAACGUUUUAUCGUUAGUUUGGUGGUUCUCGUAAACUUGCCUCUUUUAUCGAACAUGAAAAUACAGUGUGCCGUUGUGGCAGUAAAAUUUAAACAGUAGAAAAUGCUUGAAAUCAUUUUAAUAUGACUUAACUGUUCUUUCCUUUUUUUAAUUUUAUUCUUGUGACAUUAGUUUAAAUAAAUGAUAUGAUUGUAAAGCAUCUCGGGUACGUAUGUUUUCGAAGUUAAUGUAUGUAUUUUGUAUUCGAUCUAAAACUAAUUUUCUUGCAUUAGAAACUACCGCCCAAGUAUCACACAUAUUUUCAUCCUUUUUAUUUUAAUGCGAAUUAAUUUUCGAUGAUUGAUGUAACAGAGAGAGAGACAAAGAAUUUUGUUAAUAAACGAGAGAAAAAGGUAUGUGAUGAAGUUAGAAAAAGUGCGGUAAAAAUAAAGAGAAAGACGAUGCGAAAAAAAAUCAACAUCCUGUACCUCUUCUGUAUAAUAGCUACAUUAUACACUGAAAUUAUUACUAAGCGAAAUUUAAUUGUAUUAUCGUGUAAUUACUAAUUAUUGUCGUAAUAUAGGUUUCUUGGUGUAAAAAAAUUGACCUAACUCUUAAGAUGUAAUGGUAUUCAGUGAAGGUACGAUGUGUGCAUACUAAAUCACCGUAUGUGCAGCACUGCGCGAUGUUGAAGUAUAGGAAAUAAGCGGUUUACGGCGCGAGGUAUGGAAUUAAUCCUGGGUACGGAUAAUUAUACCUUGAUGUUUGGAAAAAUUCUUGUAUUUUGAAUAUAAAUUAAUGAUCGCUGGCCUAAAUCGAUGAAAGCCACAGAGAAGAAAGAAAUCAUUGCAAACAUUUGAUGAUAACGUGAGAAAACAUAACGGUACAGAUUAAAAACGAAACGUGUGUACACAAAACUACAAAUUAUAGGUAAUAUCAGUUUGUUUUCUAAAGAAAAGGAAGUGCGGUUUGUGCCCUGAUAUUUCGUGAAUGUAUUUGAGAACAUCAUUAAAAGAUAUUGCUUUCAUUUUUUUUAA